AGAGCCCUGGUGGGCAGAGACCUCUGGGAGUGCUAGCUCACUGAAAGAGUGCGCAGGCGCAGGCUUCGUGGCUCGCCAUCGUCGCCUUUGUCUGGACCAGCUUCCCAUGGACUCCCGAGCCAGAAGUCUCUCUCCGCUCCAAAGCUCUCUUGAGUGCUGAGGCUUCAGUCUUACUUGCGGCCGCUGCUUUCAUUUGCAGCAUCUGAGUCCUGAAUCGGUUUACUUAUUGCAACUUAAAAGUCUACAGUUUAAACAAAAACCCUGGGUGUCUGAGAAGAAACAUCAAAUCUGCAGGUGGAGUUUCAUCUCUAGCCAGGCCAGCCUGUAAUUCACUGUCUAGUCCAUUCAUAAGCAGCCUCUGGAGUUUAUGCUCAGAGAAGGACACGGGAUGAAAGACGAGUGAGUUAAGUCUCAGCUUUCUGUAUAGAGAUAGACUAACAGCGAAUUCAGAAAACCUAGAAAACAAAGUACUUCCCCUGGGCACAGACUUUGGUUCUGCAAGAGUUCCUCCUAUACAUGGGAUUUAGCUGAAGAGAACUUGAACUGUGAUUCACACACAUUCUUCAUUUAUGACCAUCAAAGAAACUUUAAGAAAGAACCAUUGAUACAAAGACAGUUCUGUAUUUCAGUCCCUUGCAACCACAUCUCAGGUCAUUCACGUCAAAAGUCUGAUAUAUCUGGCUUCACUGGACACUUAUGAAUUAAUAUUGAAAAGGAAUUAAUUUAUGUAUUUAGCGAAUGUGGCAGAGCCUUGAUCCAGUCUCAGUAGAUGCUAGGAGAGAAUCGCUGUGCGAAUCAGAAUGUUGGGAAGCCUUCAGCCUGAGUCAGAUCUUCUGCGUGGUGAGCCUGACCCCGGAGAGAACCUUUACGAAUGUAAUGAAUGUAGGAAAACCUUUAGCCUGGAACAAAACUUGGUAGAACAUAAGAAAAUGCAUAGCGGAGAGGAGUCACGUGAGUGUACCGGAUGUGAUGAUGACAACGAGCUGUCACAAGCCUCGUCACUAACUCUACAUCUGAGAAGUCACACAAGGAGGCAGUCAUACAAGUGUGGUGAGUGUGGGAAAACCUUCAGCCAGAGAGGAAACCUCCUUUCUCAUCAGAAAGAACAUACUGAAGAGAGUCCCAGUGAAUCUAAGAAAACACCCGCUCCCGUGACAACCGCCGUUAGAAAUCAGAGAAACACCGGGAGUAAACCACAUGCCUGUAAGGAGUGUGGAAAAGCCUUUAAUGGCAAAUCAUAUCUCAAAGAACAUGAGAAAAUUCAUACCGGAGAGAAGCCAUUUGAAUGUAAUCAGUGUGGCAGGGCCUUCAGCCAGAAGCAGUACCUCAUUAAACACCAGAACAUCCACAGUGGGAAGAAACCUUUUAAAUGUAAUGAGUGUGGGAAAGCUUUUAGCCAGAAAGAAAACCUCAUUAUACACCAGAGAAUCCAUACUGGAGAGAAGCCUUAUGAAUGUAAAGGGUGUGGGAAGGCCUUCAUUCAGAAGUCAAGCCUCAUCAGACACCAGAGAAGUCAUACCGGAGAGAAACCGUAUACAUGUAAGGAAUGUGGAAAAGCCUUCAGCGGCAAAUCGAAUCUGACUGAGCAUGAGAAAAUUCAUGUGGGAGAGAAACCCUAUAAGUGUAAUGAAUGUGGCACGAUUUUCAGGCAGAAACAGUACCUCAUCAAACAUCACAAUAUUCACACAGGUGAAAAGCCCUAUGAGUGUAAUAAGUGCGGGAAAGCCUUUUCUCGAAUCACAUCUCUCAUCGUGCAUGUGAGAAUUCACACAGGUGAUAAACCCUAUGAAUGUAAAAUCUGUGGGAAAGCCUUCUGUCAGAGUUCAUCUCUAACGGUGCAUAUGAGAAGCCAUACCGGUGAGAAACCCUACGGGUGCAAUGAGUGUGGGAAGGCCUUUUCUCAGUUCUCAACCCUUGCAUUACACAUGAGAAUCCACACUGGGGAAAAGCCUUAUCAGUGUAGUGAGUGCGGGAAGGCUUUCAGCCAGAAGUCCCAUCACAUCAGACACCAGAGAAUCCAUAUUCAUUAAAACUCUUUGAAUGCCUUACAUGUAAGAACACUUGAGCAGAGUGUAUAGUUAAGUAAUGUAUCAAAGGAUUUGUUUUACACUAAAGUUACAUAAAUGUAGGAAAUGCUUCUGUAGUGACUCACACCUUAAAAUACAAAGGUAUUUAAUAGAAUAGAUCAUAGUAUUAUAUACUUCCCAGACUCCCACAAGAAAUAUUAUUAGUAUUCUAAUUUUAGGAGUCCAGUGAUUCCAAUCAGGAUGGUCUUCUAAAGCUUAUCAGCUGUAUUAAGAUAAUAUGAGCAAUAUGAAGGUUUGAAAUUAAGAGGCAAAAAUAUUUUUGAUAUAUAUAUUCCUCCGCUUUGGUAUAUAGAUAAUUUGUACAAAUUGUUUUUCAGAGACGGCACUUGGGACAGAUUUCCCUAUGUACCUAGUUCAGGAUGACCUUAAACUCCCUAGGGAGCCCAAGCUGGCCUCACGUCUCUUCUGAUCCACUGACCCAGCCUCCCAGUGCUGCAGUUCCAGGCAUCACCAUGCCAACCCAAGGUCUUUGUUGAUAAAAUUAUCUAAACUUGAGGUCAGAACAGAAUAUUGAAUCUAGAAACAUGAAUGAAUUCACGGAAGACUGGUAAUUGGUGGCAGUAUCCCAGGUCAAUGGGAAAAUCAUGGAUGACUGAAAAAAAAUAAUCUCAGGAUAAUUAACUCUUUGCAUGGGAAAAUAAUAGGCCUCUGAUGUCAUUGAUUUAGGAAUUGCAGUGUCUCUGCAGAAAGCAAAGCUCUGUAUAAGAAUUUUCUAGAGUAGAUUCUGAAACCUUGAAGUGGGAAACACACCGCAGAUUCUGGAUUUCUCAGCAGUUCUCGAGCAUUUAUACUUACUCAAGGUGCCGGUAUGCUUACGCAGGGAGUCAUGUACCAGUUAUCUGUUCAUCACAGUGUAAAUUAUAGUAGCAAAAAAAUGGGUGCAGAUGUCUGUUGCUUACAAAGUAGAUGAAGAAAAUGUAAUGGUCAUGCCAUAGAAUAAGCUAGCAGCUAAGCAAGAUGAAUCAAUGUCUUAACAGCAAAAGAAAAAAAUUCAUCAGAGUGAAGAAAAUUGAAGUGGGUAGACAUGUUGUGAUUCCUGCGUCAAUUUGAGUAAAGCCAACUUACCAACUGUGGUACUGAGUACCAGUUAUGGGACACUCUUCUCUAAAACUAGAAAUGGGAGGAUAUGUUUUCAGUUCCCAAAACAAGCAUGGCUGUUGCUGUUACAGUAACAAUGGAGUUCCUUGGAAAGGAAGUUGCCACAGAGCAGGGUUAGUUCAACGCUACUACAGCUUAUAGUCUUUAUAGUUAAAUAUCUAUUUUCCAAAUAGAGCAGUUCCACAUAAGUGUAACAGAUCUAUAGCCGGUUCUACAUUGUAGCAACACGUAUUCUUUGUUAUCUUGCUUAGAUAGAUAUGGAUGGCGUGUACUAGAGACCCACAUUAUCACAGCUGUCCCACAUGCGUGUGCUGCACAUCCCAAGGCCCCUCGAGGGCAUCUGAAGCCUUGUGUAGUCUUGACUCUCCGUAUCAGGUUUUCCUGUGUACAUACAUAGCUAGGAUGAUGUUUAUAAGCACCACAAGAGUCUUCAAGUAAAAGAAUCACAGCUUCAUGUUCACAUCAAUAUUCUUGGGCUUUGUAACCAUUGUUAAGUAAAAUAAAUGUUGCUGGGUAGUUUCCACCCAUUGAUUGGACUCAGACUAAUAAAAUUUGGAAACGUCCUGUCCUGA